AUGGAGUCAUCCAGCGAACUCCCUUUAGAUUUGACAUCUCAAAAUCACGAAACACAUUCCAACGAAUUUCGAUUUCCUACCCCAAACGUCGAUUCGAGAAUCAGUACUUGGGUCGAAGCUCAAUCUUCCCACAACAUGUCGACACUCAGCGAGGCCCCAUCUGAUGAAAGUCACCUCUCGGAAUCUACGUAUGAAUUUAUUGAUACAGAUGAUGAGAGUCAUGAUGAGAAUGCUACCGAGUCCUUAGCAUCGGUUGAAUUUGGUCGUCCAGAUGACAUGGCGAGCCUCGCAGAUACUGAAAAUAGUGAUGAUAGUGGCGAUGAGCAUACACACGAUUCUUCCAUUCCUGCUUAUGGUUUGGACAACUCGAUCAAUAAUUCCUUCAACAAUCCUACCAUCGGUCGAAAUUCUGCUGUUUUACAUGACGAUUCCGACCCCUCACUCUCUCCGUCGAUCGAAUUUGAAGAGCCAUGUGGUAGCCUUGGGGCCGAGAAUGUGUCAGUUAAACAUACAGUAGCAGAGUUCACCGAAGAACAAACCGAAGCCUCCGCACGAGAUAUGAACAUGCAAAAUCCACCCAGCCAAUUAAUUCUUACCAUUCGACAAACAAUGACAAAGCAAGGUUUAUCGACCAAGGACCCACUCCGCAUCCUCUAUGUAGGCUGCCACUCUGCGAAGCAAGAUAUCAUACACAAGAUUGCAAGCUCUGUCACGGCUUCGAUUGAAGGUCACGAGCGUUCAAGCCGAAGCUCUUCUCAACUUUACAAUGUUGUGCCUGUAUCUGCAUUUGGCUCGGAGAAAACACCAGAAGUCGAGCUCAUGCAUUCAUCUGGCUACCAAAUUAAGGUGGAUGACUGUUUGUCUGCUCAAUCACUCGAAUUCGAAGAUUCCCCCGAAAAACCAGACGUCAUCAAGCUGAAUCUCGGAGACUCCUACAGCUACCAUUCGGUCCCAGAGGUAGAUCACUUCAUCAUUGAGCCAGAAUGGGAGUUACCACAUGUUGCAAUAUUCUACUGCUCUGAUAGCGAUGAUGCACAAGCACGACGCACACGAACCACCGCAAGAAAGUUUAUGAGUCGCCAUUCCAUACCAUCAAUUGUUAUUUCACACAAGCAACUACUAAAAAGAGCUCAAUGCAUGUCCUUGGAUCGGCACUCUAUUCAUAUGUGCUUGGAGUCCCGAGAAGUAAAUGUCAAUGGGAAUAUCAUUCAUCGUCUACCAAUAGAUCUCACCUCUUUCUUGAAUAUCGAUGCUAGACAGAUGAAUAGAAACCUUGCAUACUUGACCGGUCUUCACGAGCCUCCGAGUUCGUCAAUACCACCAACUAUCUAUAAGAAGCUUGACAACUUUGCCAUUAAUCCUACGAAUCGAGAGAAGUCGGUGAGGAUGCAAUUGGCUCGUUAUGUGACAGACUGGAGGAAUUUUCUUCCAUUUGUUCUGCUCGCCUUGAGUGUUCUGGCCGCCAUCUUAACCAGCAUUUUCACCUAUCCACUCUCCAACGGGCCGUCAAUUUCUAUCAACAGCAAGGUUAUGUCAGUCGUACAGAUGACUACAGUAACUACCACAGUACCAGUGCCAUCUGCGAGCAUUCUCUCUGCAACUCAAACCACGAUUGACCCUACGCGGUCAGUUUCGCCUUGCACCGAACAUUCACCACCACCAAAUAGUCUUUCGAUGCCUCAAUUAGACUUUGCGAAACUGGCACAGGCUGCCCAAAGCGCCUCCAAGUCAGCAAACAAACGUGGUUCUUAUGCAGCUGAGAUUGUAGGAGAUAGAGAAAUAUUGAUUCGUAUCCCAUCGGCAAUGAAGCUUAGCUGGCUCGCCAAAUUGGCUGUGGCGGUCAACAUCACUAGAGAAAAUACUAUAAUCGAUACAGAGCGCGCAUACAGUUCGGAUUGUGGAAUCCUGUUAUUACUUCCCAAAAAGGAAGCUUAUGGUAUUCUUAACAUUUCCGUUGUGACUACCAAGAAGCCACGCAUCAACGAAACUUUCCAGGUUGAUUUUGGAACCAAUUCUCUUCAAACUAUGCAAGAUCUUCUACAAAGAUUCUAUACAUUUUGCAAAAAGGAUACUAUCAUAGCCGAUGGUCAAACUCUCGAAGAUGUUCGUGCCGCCGCCGAGAAGGUCCUCAAAGAUGUACGCCAAUCGUCUCAAUCGACAUUGGCCAAUAUAGAUCAAUCUAAACGUCUAGCUCUCGAGCGAGCAGCUUCCAUCACCGUUCAACUUGCUGAUUCGGCGAAAAGUAUGUCUUUGGAAGCCGCAAAACGCAGUGCUCGUAUUUCACAUGAACUUGGUUCCCGAUUUGCGGGUGUGGAGAAGAUUAUUGCAGAUCAGCUCCGGUCGUUGCCAAACAUUGGAAACCCAUUGGAUGAGGGACUUCUCAAGGCUCAAAUUAGAUCUAAACUUUUAUGGUUGAGAAUGCAAGGAAAGAUUUCAGAGGCAGAAGACUAUGAACGCAGAGCCGCGCUGGCUAGGAGUAAGGCUAAUGUGGCACGAAACCUUGAGGGGCUUGUGGAGAAAUCAAAGAAGACAAAGCUGCAGUUCUGGAAGAAAGAGAGUGGUAAAGACAUCGCAGAGCAAAAAGCAGAGAGACGUGCGAAGAAGGAAGCUAGAUAA